CAGACGAAGACACAAGCCAAACUCCUGUGAAAGACAACAAUAAAGAAUUUUUCACAAUGGGCGAGAGUGAACUAUGCACUGCGUAGAUCAUACAUAAAAAUAAAGAACGAUGAGAGUGAACUAUGCACUGCAUAGAUCAUACCAUGCACUCGCAGCAACUGCUUCCCAAAUCCCAUCUUUACCCUCCCAAGCCCAUAGUUUAACAAAUUACACCCAUUACCUUCGUCUCCUUUCGUCAUGCAAGUACCUCAAAUCAAUGCUUCAAGUCCAUGGCCGUUUGAUAGUCUCAGGCAUCGGUGAAGACCACGACACACUUUCCCAUCUCAUCAAUUCAUACUCUUUGUUUAACAAAUGUGUUUUUGCUCGCUCCGUUUUCGAAUUCACGCCAAACCCAUCUGUUACUUUGUGGAAUUCAAUGAUAAGAGCUUAUGCGAGGUCAAACCAAUGCAAGGAAGCUCUCAAUAUGUACCAUUGCAUGUUAGGGGAAGGACAUGAACCUGACAAGUAUACCUUCACUUUUGUUUUGAAAGCUUGUACCGGUGCUUUAGACUUGCAGGAGGGUGUCCUGGUUCACCGUGAAAUUGCCCGUAGGCGACUAGAAUGUGAUGUGUUUAUAGGGACUGGUCUUGUUGAUAUGUACUGUAAAAUGGGUGAUUUGAAAAGUGCAAGAGAGGUGUUUGAUUGUUUGCCGAAGAAGGAUGUGGUGGCUUGGAACACAAUGAUUGCAGGGUUGUCACAAAGUGAGGAUCCUCGUGAGGCGUUUGGAUAUUUUUGGAGUAUGCAGUUGGGGGGUGUUAAGCCCGACUCAGUGAGCUUGUUGAACUUGGUUCCAGCUGUUUCAAGUUUAGCAGAUAUUGAUUCUUGUAGGUCUAUUCAUGGAUAUGUGGUUAGGAGGAAUUUUCGUUCUGCCGUUUCAAAUGGGUUGAUAGAUAUGUACUCCAAGUGUGGAGACGCAAUAGCUGCUCGCCGGGUUUUUGAUCAGAUGCGGGGGCGAGAUGAUGUGUCGUGGAAGACAAUGAUGGCAGGCUACGUGUUUAAUGGGUUUUUCCUUGAGGUUUUGAAGUUAUUUGAUAGGAUGAAAGAAGAGAAUCUUAAGAUUGAUAAGUUGUCUGCUGUAAGUGUUCUAUUGGCUGCUGCAGAGAUGAGAAAUCUAGAGAAAGGGAAGGAGAUCCAUGAUUUUGCUAUUCAACAAGGGAUAGAUUCAGAUGUUUUGGUUGCUACUCCUAUCAUGACCAUGUAUGCAAAGUGCGGAGAAUUAGAGAAGGCCAAACAAUUGUUCAAGGGACUUCAGCGGAGGGAUCUAGUUGCUUGGUCUGCUUUUAUAUCUGCUUGUGUCCAAUCUGGUUACCUCGAAGAAGCAUUGUCUCUAUUUCGAGAUAUGCAGAAUGACAAUACGAAACCAGAGAACGUAACUCUGCUGAGUAUCCUUCCAGCAUGUGCAGAACUGUCGUCUACAAGAUUAGGCAAAAGUGUGCACUGCUAUGCUAUUAAGGCUGACUUUCAUUCUGUUAUUUCAACAGGAACAGCCCUAGUAUCCAUGUAUUCGAGAUGGGGAUUAUUUACUUCGGCACUGAACGUUUUCAAUAGAAUGCCGUGUAAAGAUGCCGUGACAUGGAAUGUUUUAAUAAAUGGGUAUGCACAGAUUGGUGACCCAUACCAUGCGAUGGAAAUGUUCCUUAAAUUACAGCUAUCUGGAGUACACCCAGAUGCAGGAGCCAUGGUGGGUUUGCUCCAUGCUUUUUCUCUGUUAAAUGACCUACACCAAGGCCGCUGCGUUCAUGGGCAAAUUAUAAGGACUGGAUUUGAAUUUGACUGUCCUGUAAGGAAUGCUCUCAUUGACAUGUACGCAAAAUGUGGACGGCUUUCCUCCGCUGAAUUCUUGUUCUACAAAAUGGAGUUUGCUAAGGAUGAAGUAUCUUGGAAUGUAAUAAUUGGAGGAUACCUACAGAACGGACGUGCGAAGAAAGCUAUGUCCGCCUUUUUCCUGAUGAAAUUGGAGAACUUUCGGCCUAACUUAGUCACAUUUGUGAGUAUCCUUCCGGCAGUGGCAUAUUUGGCUGCCUUAUGUGAAGGCAUGGCUUUUCAUGCCAGCAUUAUCCGGAUGGGAUUUCUGUCUAAUACACCAGUUGGGAAUAGUCUUAUUGAUAUGUAUGCUAAAUGUGGGAGGCUCGAUUCUUCAGAGAAAUGUUUUAAUGAGAUGGAAAACAGAAACACAGUUUCAUGGAAUGCAAUGCUUGCAGGGUAUGCAGUGCAUGGGCAAGGCGACAGUGCCAUUGCACUUUUCUCUCUUAUGCAAGAGAGUCGUGUUCAAGUUGAUUUUGUGUCUUUCAUCAAUGUUUUGUCUGCUUGUAGGCAUGCAGGCUUGAUAGAAGAAGGAAGGAAGAUUUUUGAGUCCAUGCAUCAAAAGCACCAUCUUCAUCCAGCGCUGGAACACUAUGCUUGCAUGGUAGAUCUUCUUGGGCAUGCUGGGUUAUUUGAUGAGAUAUUGAUUUUGAUUAGGACAAUGCCAAUAGAGCCUGAUGCUGGAGUUUGGGGAGCCUUAUUGGGUGCUUGUAAAAUGCAUUCUUAUAUCAAGUUGGGAGAAGUUGCGCUGCAACAGCUUGUUAAACUUGAACCUGAAAACCCAACGAAUCACGUAGUUUUAUCAAGUAUAUUUGCUGAAUGUGGUAGGUGGGGUGAUGAGGGCAGCACAAGGUAUAGGAUGAAUGAGUCUGCGUUGAAGAAAACCCCAGGAUGUAGUUGGGUUGAGAUUAAAAACAAGGUCCAUGCAUUCAGAGCCGGUGAAAGGAGGCUGAGCCACUUGCAAUUUGAACAUGCUUCUGCUUUGGAGUAAUUCUUUUAGAAAAUGAAAGGUGAAUGCCUGAGAGGAGCUAUGUAUAUGACUUACUAGAGGAAAAAAAAAAAAAAACAGAAGCCUU